AUGGGUAAGGACCAGGACCUGCUUCAUGCGGUGAAGACCGAGGAUCUUCUGACGGUGCAGCGGCUUCUCCAGCGACCCAGGCCCGGGAAAACCAAGUUGCUGGGAACAGCCAAGAGGGUCAAUGUCAACUUCCAGGACACAGACGGGUUGUCUCCUCUGCACCAUGCUGCUCUGAGCGGCAACAAGGAGCUGAUCUCUCUACUGUUGGAGGCUCAGGCCACAGUGGACAUUAAGGACCAGAACGGUAUGCGUCCACUGCACUACGCGGCGUGGCAGGGGAAGACUGAGCCAAUGAAAAUGCUCCUGAGCGGAUCAUCAGUCAACAUCCAAUCAGACGAGGGCCAGAUCCCACUGCACCUAUCAGCACAGCACGGACAUUACGACGGGUCUGAGAUGUUGCUGCAGCACCAGUCUAACCCUGUGUAUCUCUCUGUCUCUCUGUGUACUCCUCUGGACCUGGCCUGUAGAAUUUGUGUGGUCCAGCUGCUCCUCAGUAGUAAUGUCUGUGCAGCGAUGAUCGAACCGAAGCCGUCGAACCCAAACGGCGUCUCUCCUCUUCACCUGGCCGCCAAGAACGGACACAUCGAUGUCAUACGUCUGCUGAUCCAAGCAGGUAUAGACAUCAACAGACAGUCAGAGUCGGGGACGGCGCUGCAUCAGGCAGCUCUCUGUGGAAAGACUGAGGUGGUGAGACUGCUGUUGGAUAGUGGCAUCAGUGCUGGGGUGAGGAACACUCUGUGUCAGACGGCUCUGGACAUCGUUAACCAGUUCACCGCCACACAGGCCAGCAGAGAGAUCAAACAGCUGCUGAGAGAUGCGUCAGCUGCGAUGCAGGUCAGAGCUCUGACAGAGUACUGCAACAACUACGACCUGACGAGCCUCAACAUCAAGACUGGAGACAUCAUCACGGUUCUGGAGCAGCAUUCUGACGGCCGGUGGAAGGGUUGUAUCCAUGACAACCGGACAGGAAAUGACCGCGUCGGCUACUUCCCCUCCAGCAUGGUGGAGGUGAUCAGCAAGAGGCCAGGCCCCUCCCUCUCCCAGCAGAGCCACACCCUCCUUCUACGUAGGCACGUCCCCUGUCCCUCCCCCUGCCUCGUUACCACGGUGAACGGCCACCGCUCCCACAUGCUCCCACUGCCUCUUCCUCCUCAUCCUCCUCUCACGCAAACCACACCUCUCUUCUCCUCCUUUGGUUAUCCUCCACUCCUCCUCUCUCCUCCUCACCUCUCCACUCUCCCCCUGGGCCUCUCCUCUCCUCCUCCUCCUCCUCCUCCUCUCUCCUCUCCUCCCCUCUCUACAAGUCUGGAGCAGCCAAGCCUGCCAGGUUCUCGGGGCUCUGAGUCCAGUCCCCACGGCUCUCCCACACUUGGCCAGCAGGGCGGCUCCAGCGAGGAUGUCUGGGUUCUCCGGAAGCCCCUCGCAGGUGGUGACCGUAGCAGCAGUGUGGGUAGUCUGGGUAGCGUUCGUUCCCUCGGCAGCGUCCAGAGUUCUGGAAACACACAACACGCCCUGAAUACGCCUCCUCCGCCUGCCACAGCACACGUUACUAACACGCCAGCUAGCAGCCUGAACACACACGGCCUCAAUGCUCCCGGGCUCCACGCGCAGUCGGAGGGAGUCAAGGUUUGUGUGUGUGUGUGUGUGUGUUUCAGGAGUGUGUGUGUGUUUCAGCUCCUAGCCACAGUGAUGUCCCAGUCAAUAAAGGCAAAGGAGCAUCUGUUGGAGCAGUCCAAGUCUGUGGAGCAGGCAGCAGCUGCUACUAAGAGUCCAUCUGGUUGUCCUCCUCAAGAACAACGCUCCUUUGAUCGCAAGGCAGAGGCAGAUGUGAAGAGUGAGGCGGUAGUGACCUGGUUGACUGAGUGUCAGCUGCAGUUCUACACCACUCACCUCCUCACCGCUGGCUAUGACCUAGACACCAUAGGCCACAUGACCCCCGAGGACCUGACAGCAAUCGGUGUAACUAAACCAGGCCAUCGUAAGAAGAUGACAUCAGAGAUCAGCAAACUGCCGUCUGGUGAUUGGCUACCUGACCACAAACCAGCCAGCCUGGCAGAGUGGUUGUCAGCGAUUGGGCUGAACCAGUACUACCAGGUUCUGGUGCAAAAUGGAUAUGACAACAUCGACUUCAUCACUGAGAUCAGCUGGGAGGACCUGAAGGAGAUUGGCAUCACCAAGCUGGGCCACCAAAAGAAGAUGAUGUUAGCAGUGAGGAGACUGGGGAAGUUCCAGAGAGGAGAGAGUAUCUCUCAGCCUUCUACCCCUCCUUCUGGCUCCACCCCUCCAUCUGGCUCCACCCCUCCUUCUGGCUCCACCCCUCCAUCUGGCUCCACCCCUCCCCCCUCUACCCCACUCCCCUCCACUGGGAGGGGUCAGAGGCCCCCCCUCACUAAACCCCGGCCAGGGAUUGAGUCCCCAACACACACACCCUCCCCACCUCACACUCCCACCAAGACCCACAAGGCUCGAGCCCACCCCUCCACCCAGCCCCCGUCAGCUGAUUCGCCAGUCCAAGAAGGGGGUGUGUCUGUUCCUUUACUCUGUCUGCCAAUGGAGGAGGAGCAUCGGCGAACUCACAGCCUGAUUGGCUACUCGGGGUACGAAGCCGAUGCCCUCUCGGUUAUAGACUUCGCCCCUAGAUACGCCACGGUCUGCCGCAGCAGCUCGGCUCAACGCUCCGACCCCAAUGACGCAACUGUCAACCGCAGCCAAUCAUCAGUCACGCUGCGGCCCAGGAGGAAAGGCCGGCCCCCGACUCCGCCCAAACGGUCGUGUUCCUCCAUCUCCGGGGGCGACGGGCUGGGGGAGGGGCUGGGGGUAGUAGGGAUCAGGGAGAGGAGAGCCAGCGACUGUGGAGGGCUGGCGGAGAGGAGGGGGGAGGGGGGGCUGGUGAGGUCAGAGGGGGCGGGGGGGAGCGUCCGGAGCAUCGCCGCCAUGUUGGAGACAUCGAUGGGAGGAGUUGGUCCUGGAGGGGGAGGGGCCAAGACCCUGCCCAGAACCAUGGGAGGCAGAGGCAGCUACCUCAACCCUACACAGGUUAGUCCGGCGGCGUUGCGUCGUCAGGCCGGGUCAGGUGGUCUCGGGUCUGAUGAUGAUAUCAUGAAUCGCCGUCGGACCAUCAGCGGUCCGCUCACCGACCAGACGGACUCCGCCCAGAUCCAGUCCCCGCGGCAACACACUGAGCUACGCCCAGAACCCCGCCCACGCUCCACGGUCGUCACGCCAACAGGAGAAGGGCUUAUUACGGAUGGAACAGCGACCAUCAACCGAAG